CUUCUUUCAUGGAACGUGUGCUCACUGGUAGUGAGGAUUUAUUGUCAAAGAUGAAAUCGUGUCAACAGUUUUCCAAGUUCAAUCACUCAUUCGCUACGCCUAGGAUGAUAACGAUGCACCAAAAGCUCGUUCCAAUGAUUGCAUUACUCGUUCUGCUGGUCACUCCAGUGGCCAGGUGCCGAUUCAUUAACGCCUAUGCGGGUCCUUAUAUCAGCUACGCAGACAGAGUAUUUGAGUGCAGUGAUGACGGGCCCAAGGCGCAACUACAAGUGCACCUUCGGUUCAGCCAUUUCAACCGCUUCAAGCCCUAUGAAAAACAGACGGCAACUGGCAACGUGACUCUCUUGCAAGACGUAGAUGACAGCCACUCUGAGCAUUCUACUUUUAUUACAAAAAAAGUCUUGCCUCAUGCCGCACAUUGGCACUGA